AUGGACGCCGGAGCAGGUACGCGCGCCGUGCUCCCGCCGCUGCUCCCGCGAUUGCUCGCGUUCCUUCUCUUGAGAGCCUUUUCACGUUCCACCGCCGUGUCUUCUACAUUAUUCUCGGCGUCUUACCAUGCACUCACGCUCCCGGAACCUUCUGCUUCGUCCACUCCAUCCAUCUCCGAUCUCUACACUUUCCGUGUGUUCCCCCUUCUUUCCCCACCCGUUUCUUCCUCCACUCCAUUCCAUUCGUCGCGUUCGUUUCUCGCCUCGCAUCCUCCCUGCUCCCCGUUCCCUCCCUUGCGCGCGCGCGCGGAAGGAGACGGUGCAACGAUCGGCUCCGCCAUGCGCGCGCGGGCAGCCCUCGCCGUCACUGGCUCGCUGAACAAGUUCCAGGGACAGCACCCGCUGAGAGAACGAGCCAAGAAGCUGGGCGAUGGCAUUCUCAUCAUCAGGUUUGAGAUGCCGUUCCACGUGUGGUGUGGCGGGUGCAAGGCCAUGAUCGCCAAGGGCGUGCGCUUCAACGCCGAGAAGAAGCACAUCGCCAACUACCUCUCCACCAAGAUAUGGAGUUUCAAGAUGCGCUCAGCGUGCUGCCAGCACGAGAUAGAGAUCCACACCGACCCCAAGAGCUGCGACUACCGAGUCGUGAGUGGAGCGGAGCGCAAGGCGGUGGAGUACGAUGCCGAGGAUGCCGGCACCGUGGAGCUGCCCUCCAAAGAGGAGCGGGAGCAGCUGUUGGAUCCGCUGGUGCGAUUGGAGCAUGGGGGCCGUGACCGCAAGAGGGCAGCAGCAGCGGCACCCACUCUAGCGGCCGUGAAGGCUGCUGCGGACACCAAGCAUGCGGACCCCUUCCGCCUCAACCGUGUGCUGCGCUCCCACCUCCGGGAGCGCAAGAAGCGGGUGGCAGAGGAGGAGGCAGAGGCGCGCAGCAGAGGGCUGGCAAUCCGGCUGCUGCCGCCUUCACAGGCGGACAGUGCAGCAGCUGCAGCAGCGCCCUUUGGACGCCGCUUUGACCACAACCGCGCGGAGAAGAGAGCUGCCAUUCGCAGUGCCUCCAUCUUCAGCCCCCCUGCUGCUCCCUCCGCCACCCCUGCUGCCACUGGCAGCUCGUCACAUAAGCGGCAUAAGCCAGAGAGCAAGCAGCAAGUUAUUGUGGCACACAGGAGCAGCGGCGGCAGCAGCAGUAGAAGCAGAAGCGGGGAGAAGAAGGCAGACUUGGCAAGAAAGGCGGAGCUGAUGGCGAAGAGGCGGCGGAUCGAUGUGCAGGGCGCACUGGCACUGACACGCGGGCAGCUGUGA